UCAAGAUGGCGGCCGGAGCCGGGCCCGUCGGCAGCAGCGGCCGCCUCUCCUCGCCGCCGCCGUCGCCUCAGGCCAGCAACGGGCCGCCGCCGCCGCCUCCCCCGCCGUCCGCCUGCUCCAACAACGGGCCGCUGCUGGUGCUCUCCCCGCCGCCGCCGCCCCCUCCUCCGCUCCCGCCGCCGCCUCCGCAGGCCUCGGCCGGGCCCACGCACAACCACGGCUGCGGCGGGAACCCGCAGGCGGCAGCGGCGGCGGCUUCCGUGGCCCCCUCAGGCGCGGCAGGCCCGGCCCUCUCCGCCGCCGCCGCUGCCGCCGCCCUGUCGCUGCCGGGCCGGGAGCCGGUGUACAACUGGCAGGCCACCAAGCCGACGGUGCAGGAGCGCUUCGCCUUCCUCUUCAACAACGAGGUGCUGAGCGACGUCCACUUCUUGGUGGGCAAGGGCCGCGCCGGCGCCCAGCGCAUCCCCGCCCACCGGUUUGUGUUGGCUGUGGGCAGUGCCGUCUUUGAUGCCAUGUUUAAUGGAGGCAUGGCUACGACGUCUACAGAGAUAGAACUGCCAGAUGUGGAACCAGCUGCCUUCUUAGCCUUGCUGAAGUUUCUUUAUUCGGAUGAAGUUCAAAUCGGGCCAGAGACUGUGAUGACGACUCUUUACACUGCUAAAAAGUAUGCAGUUCCUGCCCUCGAGGCUCACUGUGUGGAAUUUCUAAAGAAAAACCUCCGAGCGGACAAUGCUUUCAUGCUCUUGACACAGGCCAGACUCUUUGACGAACCCCAACUGGCAAGCCUUUGCCUGGAGAACAUUGAUAAAAACACGUCUGAUGCCCUAAAUGCCGAAGGAUUCACGGAUAUCGACCUGGACACGCUGGUUGCUGUUCUGGAGCGAGACACCUUGGGCAUCCGGGAGGUGCGCCUCUUCAAUGCGGUGGUGCGAUGGUCAGAGGCAGAGUGUCAGCGGCAGCAGCUCCAGGUGAUUCCGGAGAACAAGCGGAAAGCCUUGGGCAAAGCCCUGUCACUCAUCCGCUUCCCCUUGAUGACAAUUGAGGAGUUUGCUGCAGGGCCAGCUCAGUCAGGAAUCCUCACCGACCGUGAAGUAGUCAGCCUCUUCCUCCAUUUCACCGUCAAUCCCAAACCACGGGUGGAGUUCAUCGACAGGCCCCGCUGCUGCCUAAGGGGGAAGGAGUGCAGCAUUAGCCGUUUCCAGCAGGUGGAGAGCCGCUGGGGGUACAGUGGAACCAGCGACCGCAUCAGGUUCUCUGUGAACAAGAGGAUAUUUAUAGUUGGGUUCGGGCUGUAUGGAUCAAUACAUGGCCCAACAGAUUAUCAAGUAAACAUACAGAUCAUUCAUACUGACAGCAACACAAUAUUAGGCCAGAACGACACUGGAUUUAGCUGUGAUGGGUCCUCCAACACUUUCCGGGUUAUGUUUAAGGAGCCAGUGGAGAUUCUGCCCACUGUCAGCUACACAGCCUGUGCAACUCUGAAGGGCCCAGAUUCCCACUAUGGAACCAAAGGGUUGCGUAAAGUGAUCCAUGAGUCGCCGACAACAGGUGCCAAGACCUGCUUCACUUUCUGUUACGCCGCCGGGAACAACAACGGCACUUCGGUGGAGGAUGGACAGAUCCCAGAGAUCAUCUUCUACACAUAGUGCUGUCAGCGGGGUCAAGCGAUGGACCAGGCGCUGCUCUUCGCCUCCUGCCCUUCCCGUGUCCUUCCAAGCUAAAAAUCACCGGCUCAUGUUCUGCUCUGCCAACUGGAAGCACGCUAGCCUGAGAUAGUGGGUGGAUACAACAGUUCAUGCUACGCGGGGUGACGGUGGCCUUGCUUGCCGGGGACAUGCUGACUGGCCUUGCCUGCCAGGUUGGCUGAGGCUAGCAACUCCCUCCGUUUUAUCUGACAACCGGACUUGAUGAUUCUUUUACUGUUAAUGAAUGUAGCGGCUUUCACAUCCGCUUAUGCUUGUGAUGGCGGCAAAGUUGUUUUAGUGAGGAGACUGUCCUUCCUUGGAGAUCCCCUCUGCAUGUGGGUGGUGGGAGAAAGGGUUCAAAACGGUGGCUUGACAGGGUUUACCCAGAAUGCACCUGCAUGAAGUAGGGCUGGGGCAAGUCACUUCCUUGUGGAAAUGUAACACUACCUUGUGUGGAGAGCGAAUUCCCCGGAUAAGGGAAGCAGCGUUUCAAGACAAUCCUGGACACUGAACUGAUGGUACAAAACCCUCCUGCAUUUCUGGGUGGAGCUGAAGGCAAAGCUGAUAAAUUGGCUCCGAUGGCCUGCUUUGGCUGCCUUGCUUCUCCUCUCCCCCCCGCCCCCCCCCCCCAUGAAUAGGUUUGCUAAAUGUGUGGAAGGGAGCAAGUGGCUCCUCCUAAGCAGCCUCUGUCCACAGGCAGUCUGCAAGCUGGCUACCAUCCACCGCUCCCGUUUUGUGGCAAGAAGCGUCUGAAUGGUUCUGCUGCUGUUAAUCCAGUGCAACUUAACAAUGCAUUCUACUCUCCAGCCGUUACUUCAGUCUCAUUCUCUGUGCAACUGUAGCAAAGGUCACUUUUUCAUGUGUGCAAACCGGCAAGUAGCUUGGUGGCCAAGCGCGGAGGGGGCUUGGCCGAAAAACCUGUGACUUCUACAUGGGGUUUACAGUGCUGUAGAGAAAACUUUCCCGUUUUCUUUCGCUCUGAUUCUCAACCCCUCAAAAAUGGGUUGACCCUCUGCCUCUUUCUUUGGUAGGACAGGCAUUAAGACACUGCUAACCUACGCUGCAACAACUCUUCUAAGUCCAUUUACGUUAGUGGGGCUUAGAAGUGUGCGACUGUGCUGCUGGUUGCGCUGUAGCAGUUUGGUAACAAAGCCCGCUCCCCCCCUCCAAAACAGGUUGCCAUUUCAUCUUUGUCGAGGUGUUUUGGCUCCAGACCCGUUCCUGAGCAGGCUGUUUGCAAAGGUGUCGUUUCCAUCCCAGAGCAUCCUCCCUUCCCCCAAAGAACAAGCUGCUAAUGGUCAGCAUUGGUUGAAACACUGUUCAUCUGUUUCCUUUUGCAGAGUAUGGCUUCCAAUGUAUUUACUUCAUUUACUCUCUAACAAAGUGGUUUACAACAUUCUCCUUUUCUCCCCACAACAGCCCUGUGAGAUAGGUUAGACUGAGUACUUGUGUGACUGGCCCAAGGUCACCCUGUGAGCUUCUCCUGGCAGAGUGGUGGUUGAAAACCAGGUCUCCCUGAUCCUGGUUUGACACUUUAACCACUACAGCAGGUUGGCUGCCAGCAAUUACUUUGGAACAUUACUUUUAGAACACCAACCAGGCAGAAUUCUCUUGGCUGUUCUUUAAAAAAAGAUUCUUGGGGUGGGGGUGGGGGGCGGAGAGCAGGGAGCACUGGUGUCCCAGCCGCAGAAAUUAAUCGGCAGCAAGCUGUCUCUCUCUGCCUUUCCAACUCAUGGAACCACUUUGUCUCCCUGAAGUCAUCUUGCUGUAGACAGCCUAGCACAGUGGUCUUGGGGUCUGUGGUAUGACCACUUCCCCCUGCAUCUGACUUGUGUUGAAUCUCCCCUCAGAAUGAUGCAGAAGGGGGAGUGAAGUGACUCUUGCUCCCAAUACUGUCUGCUGGGUGAAGCCUUCAAGAAUGUUCAGCUCUCCCAAUGGAUGUAGAAUGAUGAAUCGUGGGAGACGGGGCGACGGGUGCAGGCAUGCUCUGUUCCCUUGUGCUGUGUUUCCUUCCACAUAACUCAGCCCAGAAUCGGCCUGCCCUUUCCACCCCUGGGCUGGAACAUGGCCUGCCUGAACUACUCUCACCUGUCUCCUUGCCAUACCGAAGUCAGCUGCUGCAUUUAGGCUUUCAGACCUCUGCUUACAAGCUUCUGACUGAGAAUACUCUGCAGCCACCAAUCCCCUUGGUUUGCAAAACAAAAUUUGUAUGACUCUGUGGUGUGAGCAUGACCUCUAGCAGGAACGUGUUUCCACCUGGAAAGUCUCCCUCUCUCCCCCCAGCCUUACACUAUUGCCUCUUCUUGCUCACUGUCGCACAGUGUGUACACGGCUCCUUCAGGGCUAAGAGAUGGGGCAGGGUGGAUUUGUUUAUAUGAUGGCCAGUAUAAAUUAUGGGUCCAUCCUUCUCAAUGGGCAGCUCUGUAGCAGAGUAAAAUUUUGACCUGGCUGAUGCUGCAGAAUGGAGGGGGCGGCUCUUCCUGUGAAGAAGAGGCAGUCAAAGUUGUUUGGGACUAGCCCCUGCUAGCUUCUGCACUUCAGUUCCUCCCCGUUCUGCUGUGUGUAUAGAGCACCUUCCCCCUGUACAUAGGUCACAGUUAAUCAAUAGGUGAGUCCCAAGCAAAUCUGCUGGCUACAAGAAAAACCUUUGCUGCUGCAGUUUUCAGCUUCCUUUAGAUCCCUGGCCCAGUACUAGGCACACCUGGUGUGAAAUCCCGCCCUCUCCUUCUGGGAGUCUCUCUAUUUAUUAAACUCUCCCAAGACGAGCAUUCUGCACACCUGCUAGUGCAGUCCCCAAAACGGUCCUCUACAAAUGGUGAAAGAUUUCCUGACAGAGCCAAGCCCAUACAUGCUGCUUGUGCUAUGUAACAGACAAAAUAAAGGUAUUCCAAUGCUAUAUUUGGUCUUUGCUACUCUCUGUACAUAGGAAAUCAAUAAAGGCAGUUUGGUUGUCUUUAA